AUGGCGAACACGAGGUUAUUGUGCCAUCCCAUCAUAACGUGCACGAAACACCUGACGGUCGCUCAGGGGGAAAAGCUUCGACACUGCGCUCGCCCGCGCGGUGUCCUACCCGCGUCUCCUCUGCCGUCCCGUGACCUCCUCACCUCCUUUCCCCGCGUCCUCCCGUCGGUGGAAAUGCGCCGCACAGAAAAAAAAGAACAGUGUGAAAUCGACUCCUGCUGGGUCGACGGAAGACUUUUGGAGGCUUUCUAUAGCGCCGCGCUCUCCAGAAGGGACCUCGGCGCCGCCCUUGUUUCCGUUUCCAUGGAAACCCUAACCUCCACGUGGGCCCCCGUCGACCGUUGUGACGUCAUCGACGCCGGAGCGACGCGUCGCAAUUCCUCGCGCGUGCGGGAGGCGUGUGUGUUGAGCAGGUCUCCCCCUGCCGGUGGGUUGUGGUCAGAGCAGUUGCCGCCUCACCUGCACAGGAACAAACAGCUCGAGGACGCGCUGCGGCGGCGGGACGAGGAGAUGGCUCGCCUCCGGGACGAGAACGACAAACUGCGCCGAUUCCUCGACCGGUCGUCCGGCGACCUAAACCAAAAAUCGAGCGCCGACAGAACCAAGAAUCUGAACCGGAAGCGGCCGUACCACGUCGGACGCUUCCAGAACUCCGCUCUGCGCCACCUUCGGGUCACCGAGCACGUUUGUCGGAACCUUAGCUCCGAGUUCAGUUCUACCGAGUUCGGUUCCGACGAAUCCGGUACCGCCGCCUCCGAACCCGCGCCGGACCUUUGGGUCCUGAGGACUCUCGGUCCGAAGGACCCGGCCGCCGUCGACGUGUCCUCACCGCUCGCCCGCCAAAUCGAGAGCCACCGGUCAGACUUCAGCCACGGCGGCCCCGAAGGUCCGCGAAGUCCUCCCGCCUUCUCGGCGUCCACUCCAAACCGCAGCGGUCCGCCCCCAGGACACCUGUUUCCCGAGGAGACUCGCUUCGGCCAGGCUCCUUUCAGCGAUCCGGUCCCGAACUGGUCCCGUACCCCGCAGACUCCGUGGCGAGUCAAUUGUCCCGAAGGGGGACGUCCGGACUUGGCCUUUGCGAUGUCCCUGAGCCCAGCCAGUAGCGUGAAGACCCUCAGCUACCCUCAGGGGCAGGCCUUCGUCAGGACGGAUCCCAAAGGACGCUACAACUUCACCUGGUUGCCUACACGCACCUCCAGAUACCAGGACCUGGGUGGUGGACUCGAGGGGCCACGCAAACCCCGAGACCUGAGACUACUUCAUGGAACCUGACUCCUAGAUUAUCAUUCACUUAUGCCUAACUCAG